GUUUCGGUGAGAUAAUUGUGGUUAAAACGUCGCUUCUUACCGGAGAAAAGCUGAGCUUGUGCCAUCCAUAAAGCUGCCGUCAACUCCUCUGAGACACUGGCGUCAAGACACCCGUGGAGACACACCUCCGACUAUCAGACGUCUGUGAAGAACAUCUUCUCCCUGAGCAACAGAAGUGGAGCUUCAGGAUGGAGCCACAGCCCUCCCACAUUAAAAAGGAAAAGAAACACCCACUGAUCCCCCAUUUUAAAGCGGAAGAGGAUGACCCACUGACCACUCACAUCAAAGAGGAAGAGGAGGACUCAUUGACCCCCAAUUUUAAAAAGGAAGAGGAGAAGCCACUAAUAACCCAUUUUAAAGAGGAAGAGGAGGACCUACUGACCCCUUACUUUAAAGAGGAAGAGGAGGACUCAUUGACCCCCAAUUUUAAAAAGGAAGAGGAGAAGCCACUAAUAACCCAUUUUAAAGAGGAAGGGGAGGACCUACUGACCCCUCACUUUAAAGAGGAAGAGGAGGAGCAAGAGCCGCCGCACAUUAAAGAGGAAGAGGAGGAAGAGGGCAUCAGUCAGCCUAAAUGGUUGGAGGAGUUCCCAGUGACUGGUGUCCCUGUGAAGAGUGAAGAUGAUGAGGUGAAAGGUGAAAGUGAGGAGAGGGGAGGGGGGGAGCCUCCAAGCAGCAGCUCAACACAACACAUGACAACAGAAGCUGAUGGAGACCACUGUGGAGGAUCACAAGCAGACAAGCUCUUAGCUCCACUAUCAGAUAGUGAGGACACAACGUCACACUCUCCUGACACUGAUGAUGAAGACUCUAAAGAUGAUAAGACAUGUCACACUGACAACACUCACUUCACAUGUUCUCACUCUCACAAAACUUUUAAAUACCAUUGUCGUCUAAAAUCACACAUGAGAACACACACUGGAGAAAAACCUUUCUCUUGUUCAAUCUGUGGUAAAGGUUUUACACAAAGUAUCUAUUUGAAAGUACACAUGAGAACACACACUUGUGAAAAACGUUUUUCCUGUUCAACCUGUGGUAAAGGUUUUACACAAAGUCAGAGUUUGAAAAUACAUAUUAGAACACACACUAGAGAAAAACCUUUUUCUUGUUCACUCUGUAGUAAAGGUUUUACACAAAGUAUCAAUUUGAAGGUACACAUGAGAACACACACCAGUGAAAAACCUUUUUCCUGUUCAAUCUGUGGUAAAGGUUUUAGAGAAAGUCAACAUUUGAAAGUACACAUGAGAACACACACUGGUGAAAAACCUUUUUCAUGUUCAAACUGCGGUAAACAUUUUACUCAGAGGCCAGAUUUAAAAGUACACAUGAGAACACACACUGGAGAAAAACCUUUUUCAUGUUCUAUCUGUGGUAAAGGUUUUACAAGAAGUCAACAUUUGAAAGUACACAUGAGAACACACACUGGAGAAAAACCUUUUUCAUGUUCAAUCUGCGGUAAAGAUUUUACUCGAAGGGAAAAUUUCAAAAAGCACAUGAGAAUACACACUGGAGAAAAACCUUUUCCUGUUCAAUCUGCAGUAAAUAUUUUGCACAACGACACUAUUUGAAAGAACACGUGAGAACACACACUGGAGAAAAACCUUUUACAUGUUCAGUAUUUUGUAAAAGUUUUUUACAAAGUCAGCAUUUGAAAAGACACACGAGAAGACACCCAGGAGAGAAAGUGUUGAGUUGCAGUGUGUGUGGUGAAAGAUUGUCUUCUAAGUACCAGUGUAAGAAACACAAGUGUGCUGGUGAGAACAGCAGCAGCAAAUGAAACUGCAGGAUUUGAAAUAAACUGUCCAGACUUUAACUUUGACCUUCUAAAAACAUCAGCACAUAGUUUCUAAGAUUUAUAGAUGAGGUAUUUUAGAUUAUUGCCUUUUUUCAGUCAAGUACUACACAUGACAAGUGUUUUUUAAAGUUGUUCAUGAAUUAUCCCCCUUUUUUAGAAUUCCUCAAACAUUAUCAAUUUCAGAAAACAUGGGAACGUUUGGAAUGUUUGGGAAAAGUUAAUUAUGUACAUCAUCUCACAGAGCUUUACUGUACAUCCAUCCAUUUGUUCUACCACUUGUCUCUUUCAUUUUAUAUGUAUAGCAUUUAAGCACAUACUUGUCCGCCAAAGGGUGUUGCGUUUUGGAGGAACUCCUUCUGUCAGAGUGCUGGUCACACUUCUUUUACUGCGGAAAUCUACUCACAAAAACAAUCCAAACAGUAGGAAACAAAAAAUGAUGGUGCGAAAAAGAGAAGACUAAAUGUGCAUUUUGGAAAAAAUAACAAAAGCUACUUCUAUACACAAAUAAAGUCAACUUGGUUUGGAGUUACAAGACGUGCACACUACAAAACAACACCAAGAUGGAUGGCACUGGGAAUGGCCAAGGUAGCAAAAUACUCAAAGCAUGUAAUCAACUGGCGUGGAGUAGAAUCGCCGAGUGCCAUCCAGCUGUCAAGGUGCUGCUUAAGUAGCACCAGGGUCAAUUGGAAGCAGCUGUGCACGUCCCACAACUCCGCCCACAAAGGCAACACAGGAACUCUAGGAGGAAGGAGAAAUGUAAGAACAAGGUCAACUGCACCAAAAGACGAAAACUGACUGUUGGAGCCAAAUUUCCUUAUUUGCUUAUAUUGUUUUUAUUUUGUUUUCUCUGAUUGAUAGCUGGCUUCAGUUCAUGCUGAAUGUCCCUUUCUGCAGAUUGCUCCGCCCACUUCCUGUUGAGAACCAGGAAGUGUCGACAGGGAUGGGACUGUUGCUAUGGUGCGGUUGCCAUGGUAGCCUCCUUUAAUUGUGUUCAGCUGGGAACACUGGGGGGUGAUUGCAUGGAGGACAAACAGUUUUGGAGCGUGUGGUGUGGUGUGUGGUCAGGUCUCACUGCUGUGACAAUGUGCCAUUCAAGCCAAGGUCAGCAUACAUAAUGUUCUAGAACCUACUUUUCAUUUCAUUUUGAUAGCUUGGAAUAAAGGGAUUGUCAUAUCCAAACACAUUUCUACAGUACUGGACAUUCAAUCAUCAAACUGGUCAACACAGUAUCAGUAUCAGUAUCAGCCCAAAGAUAAGUGCUGUACAAUGAGAAUAAAAUGCCUCGUAGCCGAUUAUACAAAUGUGAUCAAUUCAUCUUGAUACUGUCCUGCCACAGUGAAUAGGUUUCCCUUUUUAAAGGGCAAAUUCCUCCCAGGGUCUUUUGUCCUAAUGACUGUCUGGAUAAAGUGAGGAGAAUAUAAUUCAGGAAAACAAUUUAUUUUACUAAUAAACUAGAUUAAGUAACACAUUUUUACAGUUAGCUAAAUUGGACAGAACACCUGCAUCAUCUUCUCAACAACACCCACAUUCUUACAAACAACAUAUUUAAGAAUGGUGGUGUUAAAUACAAAGUGCAUUCAGAUACAAACAAUUAUUUUUGAUGUUUACUCUAUUAAAGGACAUAUAUGUGCACAUGUAUGCACUGAUUAAAAAUACAGAACAAUAAUGCCCACGUUUAGACUUUCUCCAUCCAACGCCAUCUUGCUUUCUCCUCUUUUCUAUUUCCAGCAGACUAGUAGAACAUCUUAGGUGUAUUGCUGCCCUCCACAGUCUAUUAACAAAAUGUCUUCCUUCUGUCCUAUGGCCCACACUGCAGACUUGGACACAAACAGGAGAGAAAGUAAAAAGCAGCUUUAAGGUCAAAACAAAAUGUAUGCAUUCUUUCCAACGGCCGCUGGGUGGCAGCAGAGGCUCCAUGUAUUACCUGAAGAAACAUUUGACUUCUGACCUUUCCACAUUAUUUCUCUCAUCUUUACUGCUGGAGUUCAGCUCACUGAGGAUGUAAGCUACAUUUUGGUAUCUUAACUAUCUUUAAUUAUUCAUAAACAGGCUUAAAACAAACCAUUAUUAUCAUUACUGCCUCAUUUCCCCCCACUCUCUACUAAUUAAAACUAUUCUAGCACAAAAACAUUCAGGAUGUUCAUACAAAAAAUAUUACACAUCCCCAAACGUACCAUUUUAUUAUGGUAUUCAUAUAAUAUUACAUUUAAUAUACACAUGGUCAUAACAGUGCUGACAAUUUAAAUUCCCUGUGGGGAUUAAUAAAGUAUUUCUGAUUCUGAUCAUUACAUCACUCUCAUAAAGCCUUUAAUGCUGAAUAUGUUUUUUACCAUAGCUCAGCUUCACAAUGUUGGAAUAUUGACUGCUGAUAUUAACAUUCUUCUAUUGUUUAGAAUAUUACAGUCUACUCUUUUUCUUUGCUCAAAUGAACAGGAUGGAAGUGUCUUUAAUUGUCACUACUGAGUGUAAUUAUGUAUAUAAUAAUCUUCAUUACCGCUUGAUUUAACUCUCAU